AUGUCAAAUGAUCGUAGUUGGAUCAAGCGAAGAACUAAUCCCGGUGGAUAUGGUUGGACCGAUGAAUAUUGUGAAGGUGUCAAAUUUUUUUUAGCAUUUGCACAAAAGAAUUGCAAGCAAGCAAAUGGUGAAAUUAGUUGUCCAUGUAAAACAUGUAAAAAUAUGCACUUCAAGAGCAUUGAGGAUGUCGAAUUUGACUUGUUUGCCACCGGUUUUCUUGAGAGUUACAUUGUAUGGCAUUUUCACGGCGAAACAAGUGGGUCAAGAAAUCAACAAAUGGAUGUCGAUCAUGAAGAUGUGUUUGAUCAAUAUGAAAUGUUGAGGGAUGCUUUUGGUGUACAAGAUCAAAGUGGCCCCGAGGAGCCGAACUCUGAAGCAAGUACAUUUUACAAUAAUUUACACAAUCUCGAUGCUUCUAUAUAUCUGGGAAAUACCAAAUUCACCAAGCUCACAUUUGUCAUGAGACUAUUGCACUUUAAAAGUCGUCAUAAUUGCAGUGAUAGAGGAUUUGAUGAGUUGCUAAGUCUUAUUGCUGAAGUGCUGCCCGAAGAGCACACACUUCCAUUGAAGUACCAAGACAUCAAAAAGAUGGUUAAGAAGUUGAAUUUAGGCUACGAAAAAAUUCAUGCAUGUGAGAAUGACUGCAUGUUAUUCUAUGGUGAUGACAAAGAUAGUUCAUAUUGCAAGUAUUGUGGAGUUAGUCGAUACAAAGUUGCCAAAGAGGGUGGGAGUAACACUAUCCCAAGAAAGAUUUUGAGAUAUUUUUCACUCACAAAGCGUCUACAGCGGUUGUAUAUGUCUUCGCAUACUGCUGAGCACAUGAAAUGGUACAAGAACCGAGUGGUCACUGAAGGGGUUCUUACUCACCCGGCAGAUGGGGAGGAAUGGAAAGAAUUUGACCAAAAUCAUCCUGAUUUUGCACAAGAGAUUCGCAAUGUCAGGCUUGGCCUUGCAACAGAUGGAUUUCCCCCUUAUAGUAAUGCUACUUCGAGCAUUUAUUCAGUUUGGCCAGUUGUAAUUUUUGUGUAUAAUCUUCCUCCUUCUAUGUGCAUGAAGGAUCCAUACAUGUUCAUGACACUACUCGUACCUGGGCCAAAUGAUCCUGGCAAGAAUCUUAACGUCUAUCUCAGGCCUUUAAUUGAUGAGUUGAUACAGUUAUGGCAGAUUGGUGUAGAGACCUAUGAUGCUUCAACGCAGACCAAUUUUAUGUUAAGGGCGGCUUUGUUAUGGACCAUCUCAGACUAUCCGGGUUUAGCCAUGGUUAGUGGGUGGUCAACCAAGGGGAAGCUAGCUUGUCAUGUUUGCAUGGGAAAAGUCAAAGCUAAACAGUUACCUCAUAGCAGGAAGAGCAGUUUCUAUGGAUUGCACAAGGGGUUCCUAAAUAGACGUCCACGUCGUCCAACAGGUUUUGUUGUACGGAGAAAGUUUGCAGAGUUAAAUUUUCCACCACCGGGAAAGCCUCACAGCAAAGAAAGGGCAGAUGGAUAUGGGGUUACACAUAAUUGGACACAUGUCACCAGUUUCUUUGAUUUGCCAUAUUGGGAUACAUUACGUCUCCGUCAUUGUAUCGAUGUGAUGCACACAGAGAAGAAUGUUUUUGAAAACUUUUUUCACACUGUGAUAAAUGGUUCAAAAUCAAAGGAUACCAUAAAUGCAAGAAAGGAUUUGAAAGCACUUAACAUCAUGCCAGAGUUGUGGCUAAAUGGCACUCGUAAACCUCGGGCUAAAUACACCCUUACUCGAGAGCAGCUCAAACUCCUAUGUGAUUGGGUUAGUCAAUUGAAAUUGCCGGAAGGUUGUUCUUCAAAUAUUGCAAGGUGUUGCAAGGUAGCAAAAUUGAAGUUCCAAGGGAUGAAGUCACAUGAUUGUCACGUAUUUAUGCAAAAGUUGUUGCCUUCUGCUUUCCGAGAACUUCUUCCGGAUGAUGUCCACAAGGUACUUUGUGACCUGUCUAUUUUUUUUAAGGGAUUGUGCUCGAAGGAGUUACUUGUAUCUGAUUUGGUGAAAAUGCAAAAAAACAUAGCGGGCAUAGUUUGCACUUUAGAGACCAUAUUUCCUCCAAGUUUAUUUGAUCCAAUGGAGCAUCUUCUUAUUCAUCUAGUUGAGGAAUGUAGACUUGCCGGGCCUGUCCACAAAAGGUGGAUGUAUCCGGCUGAAAGAUUGCAACGUAGAAUGAAGCAGAAAGUGGGGAACAAAGCACGUGUUGAAGGUUCCAUUGCUGAACGGUACACACAUGAAGAACUUGCACAUUUCUGUUCUAUGUACUUUCAGUCUUCAGUCCAAACACAUCAUAACAUGUUGGGACGUAAUGAGGUAGUAGAAGAUAGCACUCGCAAUCCAGAAAGUUUGGAGGCUUUUACAUAUCCAGUAAAGCUCAAAGGUGCAUUCACUAGUUAUUGUUUGGAUGAGAAUUCACUGAAAGUUGCAGCCCAUUAUGUGCUAACCAACAUGUCUGAGGUAUCACCAUAUAUUACGUAA